AUGGCAGCCAUUGUGUUGUUUCUGUUUUUGGUGGUGCAAUUGCCAAGAGGGUUCGCCUCUGGGUUCUUGAUACACUCAAAGGCUCGUGGAAAUUAUCGCAUCAGCUAUUCAAGUGAUUCUAGUCAUGAAUGGUUUUACAUAAAUGGGAAAUUGGUAGACAAAGAUUUGUUCUGUCAAGCCCUGAAAUUGCUUCAUGUGAAUCAUUGCUUAUAUACAGGAAAUGUCAUAUAUAAACGCUGUGGAUCGGAUCAUUCAUUAGAUGAGUUGGGUCUGGAGGCAGGAAGACGGUUUUUGCGGGAGGUGGUUAGAGAAGAAUAUACAGGACAUGGUUUUGGUCAGAGAAUCCAGGCGAGUAAAGAAAAAGAUGGUCACACAUCUCUCUUAACCCCAAAAAGGUUGGCCAUGGCUGUCCCUGGAAUUUUCGGUCUCUGUUGUUGUUUACUUUGCCCUUGCUUCCGCACCAGAAGGAAAGAAACUACCAAUGCUGUUCUUGCGAGGGACCCUAUUUCAAUGGAUUCAGUUUCCUCUUUGGAAAUCAACUCCGUUCCUGAAAAGAUUCCUGCCAGUCCAUUGCGAGUGCCACCUAGUCCCUCUCGAUUUUCCAUGUCACCACAACUUAAUAGAGUUGGAUCAGUUCAUCUCAAUAUGAAUCAGGUUACUAGAGCUACCCAAAAUUUCUCACCAUCACUGAAGUUAGGUGAAGGAGGGUUUGGAACUGUCUACAAGGCCCAGCUACAAGAUGGACAGGUUGUUGCCAUAAAACGAGCAAAGAAGGAACACUUUGAAGCUCUACGAACUGAAUUCAGAAGUGAGAUUGAACUUCUGGCAAAAAUUGAACAUCGAAAUCUAGUGAAGCUACUUGGCUAUAUUGAUAAAGGAAAUGAGCGCCUUCUCAUCACAGAGUAUGUACCAAAUGGUACUCUUAGAGAGCAUCUUGAUGGUCUGCGGGGCAAAAUCCUGGAUUUUAAACAACGACUGGAAAUCUGCAUUGAUGUUGCUCACGGCCUAACGUAUCUCCAUCUAUAUGCAGGUGAUGACACACUCUAUUAA